UAGGCAAGUAAUUUGCAAAAAAAUUUUCCUUAAAUCAUGUAUCUACAUAGGUAUGUACUUGUCUAUUUUCCUCAUAUUAGAGGGCGUUACAACGGUUUAAUCGCAUUCAGCCAUUACAAGUUUAAUAUUUGAACAAUAACUUAGAAUUAUCAGCCAUAAUUAAAACGUCGCCUUUGUUUCAAUUUUGUCAGAAAGUAAAUAUAUACAUAGCUUAAAAUCGGUGAAUGUAGAGCUAAUCAUAUUUCGUAGAAAUAACGCAGAAUUUCUUCAGCCAGUUAUUAAUUCUAAGUUAUUGUUCACCAAUUAAACAAUUAAAUAAUCUCGCGUCCAAAUCAAGUCAAUUUUCAAACCCUUAUUUGCGUGGUACAUAUUUAAUCUCACUAAUUAAAAACGAGUACGCAGAUGAAUGGAAUUUAAUUGGAAUGAACUCCAACAAUUUUGUACAUUCUGUGUAUCAAUUCCAAUUUGCUAAAUACUCAUGCAUUCGUUAUCGUUAAGAGAAGCCAGCAACAUGAUUCUUCAGCCGGUGCUCCCAUUAAUAGGUUAUUUGGUAAAAAUCUGUUCCUUUUUAAAUUUUACACCCAUUUACUGGGAUAAGGAAAAUAAUUGGUUGGAAAUCCGAAGGGGUUGGAUACCACGCCAAAGAAAAUAUGUUUAUUUCACAAGUCGCUUGGGAUGCUACGCUUUCGGAGCCUUUAUCCUCAUUAAUUACACGUUUUACUGGCGAAAGCCCAGCAUUCUCACCUUAACUGAGGAAAUAAUUAGUGGGACAUUCACAUUUACAUACGUCAUGCUGUCCCUGUUUAAUUUAUUUCUUGAUUUCCGUUCUCGAGAAAUGAUUCAGCUCAUGAAAUGCUUUGUACAAGUGGAGAAAACGUUCAAAGGUGGAGAAGAAAGUAAUUUUGUUAAUUAUACAAUAUUAAUUUCACUGCUCGUAAAAUUUAAUUUGCGUUUUGCAGAAAUCAAUACAAAUGAGAAAUUUAUUGUCAACAUUAUACGCAUCAUUUUAUCCUGGCUCCUCGUUAUCCUGCCGAUUACAACAAUUGCAAAUUGGGUAUUAUUCGCGAUAAUGCCUUGCCACCCCCCGUUUCUCGGAUCAAUCCAUCUCGACCGGAUAAGUGGGAGGUGUCUGUUAUCAGAGAACCUUACCGCGAGAAAAGUUAGCUUUAUCGCUAUUACCGCAACAUUUCAGGCGAGCAUGUGGUACAUUUUGGUUACAUCGGCUGGAUUCACAAUCGUCUCCACAUUUUUGAUUUGCGUCAUUUGCCUUUAUCUUUUCCAGUGUCGAUUGCUUAAUAUGAAGAGGCGUGAAAAUACUGGAGCAUCAUCGAUACCGACUCGUGGAUACGUCCUUAUCAAACGAUACCUGAUCUUGACUAUGCUGGAGAUUCGAUUUAACGAUAUCUUCGCCUCGAUUUUUCUCCCCCUGAUUCUUUCCAUGAUUACAUUGGUCAACAUAAUUUUUACGGUGUUGCUUAUCCUUUUAAAAUCGGUUGUGCUGAGCAAUCCUGGUUUAAUCGUCAUUCCAAUUAAUAUUGUUAAUGGGUACACGUGCUACAUUGGCAUUACGACGACGGCUGGGAAGGUUAAUCAUAUCUCGGGAAAAUGCAUUAAUCAGUUAGCAAGAUUAUCGACAAAUGCUGGCCAUUUCACGAAAAGACGUCGCGCACUGAGACAAAUUAGGAUACGAUUUGCUCAAAAUUUCAUCGAUAUUAAGACACCGCUGGUAAUGAUGAGUUUCUGUAUUGUGCAGAUUGCGAACGUUUUAAUCCUUGUGAGGAAUAAGAGACCAUUGUAAGAGUAAUAUUUUCAACUAAAUCACAACAUUUUACUAUCAGCUAAAUUUUACGGUUCCAAAUUCCACGUAAAUGUUUUUAUUUUUAAACGUGAAAUUAAAAAAAUACUUUAAAAAUGUGAGAAUACAAAAAUAAUGGUGAACUAUUUGAAUUAAAU